CGCGCCGCGCCCCCCGCCCCCACCGCCCGCUCUCCGAGGAGGCUGAGGGUGCGGAUGCGCGGCUGAGUCGGGAGGAGAAGUGCCGCCGGCCGAGCCCCGUGAGCAUGGCAGCCGCCGCCUAUGUGGACCACUUCGCCGCCGAGUGCCUCGUGUCCAUGUCCAGCCGCGCGGUCGUGCACGGGCCGCGGGAGGGGCCGGAGCCCCGGCCCGAGGGUGCGGUCGCCACCGCCGCCGCCACGCUGCCUCGCGUCGAGGAGCGCCGCGACGGCAAGGACAGCGCCUCGCUCUUCGUGGUGGCGCGGAUCCUGGCGGACCUCAACCAGCAGGCGCCGGCGCCCGCGCCGGCGGAGCGCAAAGAGGGCGCCGCGGCCCGCAAGGCGAGGACCCCCUGCCGCCUGCCGCCCGCGCCGCCCGCCCCCGAGCCCGCCUCCCCCGGCGGCGGAGGCGCGGUGGCUGCGCCCCCCAGCCCCGCUUGGAGCGAGCCUGAGCCGGGGCUAGAGCCCGAGCGGGAGCCGGAGCCCGCGGGGAGCUGCGAGCCCGGCCUCAGACAAAGGGGCCGGAGGGGCCGGAGUCGCGCCGACCUGGAGUCACCGCAGAGAAAGCACAAGUGCCACUACGCGGGCUGUGAGAAAGUUUACGGGAAAUCCUCGCACCUCAAAGCGCACCUGAGAACUCACACAGGUGAGAGGCCCUUCGCCUGCAGCUGGCAAGACUGCAACAAGAAGUUUGCGCGCUCAGACGAGCUGGCCCGGCACUUCCGCACGCACACGGGUGAGAAGAAGUUCAGCUGCCCCAUCUGCGAGAAGCGCUUCAUGCGUAGUGACCACCUGACAAAGCACGCGCGGCGCCACGCCAACUUCCACCCAGGCAUGCUGCAGAGGCGUGGCGGCGGCUCGCGGACCGGCUCCAUCAGCGACUACAGCCGCUCAGAUGCCAGCAGCCCCACUAUCAGCCCAGCCAGCUCGCCCUGAGCGCCUGCAGCUGGGCGGCUGGCCGGUGGCACCACUCGGCAGAGCCCGUCGCCUGGCUCCAAGUUCAGAUCCUGGAGUAGCACAGCCCUGCCCGCUGGGCUUCCCACUUUGAAGCCACCAGAGCUCUUGGCCCCCCCCAGGUCUGAGUGACCUUCCUCCUGUUACAGCCAUGAGCAGAUGCUCGUACUUCGUUUUGUGAGUCCUUAUCUUUUUCUUUUGUAAUAAAAGAGAACUUUACAAAAAGUCAACAACAACAAAAAAUUUUUCUUCACCUCAGGUGUCAAAUUUGUAGAAAAACAACAAAAAAUUAAAAAAAAACACCACACACAGAUUGCACAAUGGACUACCCGCGAGGUUGAAAUUCAGCGGUGUUGACCCCCUUUCUCAGGGAUGGACAUGUUUCAUAGGUCAGUGACGACGCCCUUCCUGCCGCCUUACUCUGUACAUAGAUUUGCACUCUGGAGGUUUCUCUUGGGUUCAGGAACACAGUGGGGACAGCAGAUAGACCAGUGCCAGCUGGAGUUGGGGGUCUGACCUGCAGGUCAGCUGCCCAGUCAUCCCAGAGAGUCUGUGCUUCCAUGGCCGAUUUCUGCGUGGCAGCCUGCGCCCCCUCUUCUCGCCCAGCCUCCAAACCCUGCCCUGGAGGCCCAGUUGGGCUCAGGACGCAGCCAUUUCUGAGGAAGGACACCUCAGAGGGAUGCCUUAAACCAUGACAGGCAAAAGGGACAUUCACCUGGGGAGCUGCAGCGGCAUCACCCUCUGUGGAGUCUGUCCCUCCUGCCUCCAGGACCCCCGCUCCUCGGAGCCCUCUCUGCGGCCUCACGGAGAACUAGACGCAGAGACUCAAGUCCUGUAGGGCACCAGCCGCUACUGAGGUGACGCAGCCCAGGCUGUGCCUGCCCCACGACGUCAAGGACUCGCAGGGCACGGGAGUGUGGUCCCCACAGAAGGUAAGGGGCUUUCCCUCUCCUAUGAUGCUCUGUGACUGAAAAACACAGCCUGGGAAUUCAGGUCUUCUAAAAAGAUGUGUUGUCACCUCUCCUGGUUCUGGUGCCCUGGGCAGGCUCUGCUGUGGUGGCCCCUGUCUGCAGCCAAGGCUGAGGUUGUCAGCCACGUCAUCACAGGGCUGUGUGUGGACAGCACACGCACGUGCUUGGUAUUCUGCGGAUACCGUCUGUGGCCAGAGACGGGAACCUUGUGACCUGGAGCCUUUCUGGAGUGGUGAAGCCGAUGUCAGGAAAACUCCGUCUGAGAAAGUGCUUGUUCUCCUCCAGGAAAUACCAGAUGGAAGGUGGUGGGAAGUGCUCUUAGCCACAAGUCCGGAGGUCAGACUUAGCUGACUUGUCCCCUGGACCUUCCUUCCUUCCCAUCUGCUUCUCCAGGCCAUGCCUGUGGGGGCUUAGGACUGGAGUGCCCCUCGCAGGUUCUCACUAGACGAGACAGCACAGAGUGGUCAGGACAGUUUACCGAAGCCCUGAUUGGUUCCCCAAAGCUCCUCCAUCUGCAGAACACCGGACACAGGCCUCUCAGCACUGCUUUCCAGAGGCACCUUCCCACCUCCCCUCCCAAGUGGGGGCCUUUAAGUCCAAGCCCCGAUGACAGUGUGUGUGAGUGUGUGUGUGUUUGGGAGUGGGUGCUGGCCAAACUCGGGAUGUUUUGCCAAGACCUGUACUCAUUUUGAAGAGGAAGAGCCCUUGGGCCCAGAGUGCCUUGGCUGUGUCUGUCCUUUCCCUGCACCCCACCCACAGCAUGGGGCAGUCGUAUCACAGAAGACCCCAGAGACCAAAAGCACAGCCAAGACCCGCAGCCUCCAGCGGCUGCUUCGGGCUGGCUCCAGUGUGGAUGGCACCCUCUGUGUAUGGCAAGGUUGCCCUGAGUGUCACGUGUGUGAGCAGGCACUGGCUGUGACAUGGUGGUGGCUCAGAGCAGCACUGUAGUUACUGAGUUGGGUGGUGGCAUUGUUCCUGCUGCUUGGGGAGGGAGUAGGUGGGGGAGAGGUGGAGUGCAGAGUGGGGUGACAGGUCUGCAUGCACCACGCCCAGGGGAGAGAGUGGCAUGUGCUGGAAAGACCUCAACAGAGGAGAGUGCUGGAUGCUUGGGCACCGAGAUCUUCGCACCCAGCUUCUUCAAAGUGAGCUCCGGAAGGACCCCCAGCAGUCCCUCCCAAAGCUGGCUCCCUGCCAGACGGGGAGCGCCACGCUCUGAAUGCGUCUCAUGUCUCAGGAAUUCACAUUCCAGGUUCAGGAAUUUUAUUCCAAAGUCCUUUGGUGUGAUCACCGUCCACAGGUCCCCGAAGGCAGGGGGAGGUGUCCCACAGAAGUCACAAGGCCCUCUCCCCAGGAGGGCGGGGGCUCCUUGUGAGGGCUUCACCCUUACCCCUGUCCGUGUGUAGGAAGGGAAAAGGAUCGAAACCCAGUUGGCUUGAAAUAAAGAGCUGGUUUGUUUUCCAUGGGGGUGGGGUGGGCUAGGGAAAGGGGCGUUUGCUGUUUCCAAAGAGAGCACUUAAUUUAAUUUCUCCUCUCAGUGACCCAGGGCUGUCCGUCUGACAGAUGGGAGGGUAAAGUUGCCUUAAAACAGAAAAAUGCAGGCGUGGGCUAUUUAUGGCAAAUGAGCGUCUUCAUUCCAAAGUAGCUCUCAUUAAAUGGAGGGUGCAGUCCCCUGCAGUGGCCUCACCCGGGAGAUGAGCCGGAGAUGGGCAGAGUACCCUCAGACUUGGGGCACCUGGAGGGCAUUGGCGCUGGGAACCUUGGGGCCAUUCGGCCUGGGGCUUCAGCCUGGACCUUGUGGAAUCAUCUGGAGCUGAGAUUGAUCCCACUUGAAGGGUGGAAAAAUAUGAGAAUUUCCCAGUAUGUGUCCAUCUCGGGGGUCUGUGUCAGGGGGAGCCUGAGGAAGCCACACCUGCCCAGGCCUCUGCAGGAGGCCCUCCAGAGAGAGCUCGCAGUCCCUUCUGAGCCGGAGAAUGUCUUUCCCAGCCCAGGCCUAUUUCAGGGUCUUUCACGUUAGGUUUGUGGCCAGGCCUGCUGGUCUCAGCGGGAAGAGUAACCACAGCACCUGGAGGAACAGCAGGGCAAACUCACCGUUCCUAUGGCACAGGCUUCAGUUCUAGCAGGCCGAGGGGCUGAGUUUUCCAAGCAGAGGCUGCUUGAGCAAAGUGAGAGUUCCCCUCCGGAAAAGGCCUACAGGUGACCCUGGAUGUAGUCAUCAGGGUUCAGCUUGUGACCCAAACAAUAGAGCCUCCCUUUGCAUCAGCCAUAUUAGGGAACGGUUUCGGCUACCCCAAAUGCCUACAGAAUCCUAUAGCCAUACAGGAAAACCAGAUACAACCUUUUCCACAAGGGCCUGUGGGCCUCUCCUGCUGGGUGCUCUGUGGUCCUGGGGGUCCGACCCACACUUCUGCACCUCCUGCCUGUCAGCUUCCUGAACUGUGGACCCUACCCGCUUUAUCCCAGACCACUUCUGGCAGGUGUCCCUUGGCAGGCAGGUGCACAGCUCCUUUGUUCAGCUUCCAAGGGCAACACCAGCAGCACUAGGGCCCAGACCUCACCAGCACAGACUGGUAAAGGAUGACCAGGUCCAGGUGGGGAGGGGGCAGUGGGCCUCAACAGCCCCCAGUUCACCUGCUGGGAUGUGCAGAGAGAGGGCAGUGACUUCUCAUGGCAUGUGUGAAAUGUUCGUGACUUUUCCCACCAGCCUGCUGUCUACAGAGCCCAGCCUCCUUGCUUGCAGCAGCAGGUGCUGAGCAUUGCACAGGCCCGGUGCUCACCUGAGGCCCUGUACUGUCCACCGGGCAGAGGGUCACCUAUACGGAAGCAGGGUCUGAGCAGAGCACCCCCAGUUUCUCUGUCCGAGUUUUGGCUGUGUUUACGAGGCUAGCUAGUUCUCAAUCCUGACAGGUGUCACUGAUUUAGAAAAAGUCAAAGUGCCAGCAGGUUUGAGGGGGUUGACGUGUUGUGCAUUGUGAGUCACCCCAUGUCUUGUGCUUCCCAACGCUGAGGCAGAGAUGUGGGCUGGCCACUUUUGAGUUCAGGAUUGCCCCUGGUUUCAAAGGCUUGACCUGGACAGGGCCAGAAGUUUUUUACAGAAUUUGGGUGCGCAACACGCUUACCCAAAACUCAGUGUCGUCGAGUCGAUUCCGACUCAUAGCAACCCUAUAGGACAGAGCAGAACUGCCCCAUACAGUUUCCAAGGAGCGCCUGGCGGAUUUGAACUGCUGACCCUUUGUUUAAAAGCCGUAGCACUUAACCACUAUGCCACAGCUUGCUUACUACUGAUAAAUGCCCGGGCAUCAUCCUUUAGGCUUCCCUUGGUCACCAGCCCAGCCCAUCCCUCCUCCGUUGGAUGGUUGAAUUUGGCAGGCAGUGGAGGCUUUGGGUCCAGGAGAGAAGUGGCCACACUCUUGGCUUCUGCUGACCACGCUGACAGACUGGCUUUGCAGUGCGGCCCCCUGGCCCUGCCCCUCUCUCCCCUUCUCACUGAGCUUUAAAACUACUACUAUUAUUUAAAAAUUAACAGGAUGGGGAAGCAGCCAGCCCUGCCCUGCAUGUCACACGUUCCCUGAUGGGGUGCAAGCAGCUUUCUCUCAGGCUUGGGGGGGGGGGGUCCUGUUGUCCCUGGGUCUCUUCCGAGAGGCUGUGUGGACCAGCCACUGCUCACACUGGUGUAGAAACCAGAUACACGGAGCAAACCCCAUUCCGAGCACAGCCAGCCGGACUCCAGAGGGUCCCUCCCCGGGCUGCCCUGUGACAGGAGGGGGCGUCUCCCAGACCCCAUGCUGGGGGCUGGCAUGUCAUAAGCCUAGCAUCCAUUCCCUAGGUCAGAGCAAGGGGCUCUCCCUGGGCCCCACCCCAGAGAACCCUAAGGGCAGGACUGCCCCUGUGAGGUGUCUACUGAGCAACUAUGCAUUGUGGGGGGUGGGGUUGCAAAGUUCCUCCGUGACCUUGACCGGAACUUGUCUCUGUGGGUGCGUUGAGGGAUCUCAGUCCCCCAACCUGCACAGACAACCCCUCCCCCAUCCAAAGCCAUCGAUGGGAACUUUUCUGGAAUCGUUUGCCAAGAUACAAAGGCAAAAUCCAAGGGUCCAAGACCAUUUCCAUCAAGCACAUUUUCCUUUUCUGUAGGAACUUUUUUCCUUUUUUUUUUACCCAGCACCACACCGCGUAUCCGAAGGCCACAUUUCAUGUUUUCCGGAUCACUACAGCAAAGUAUUACAGUUGUACAGUUCCCAGGAUCUGGCCUUGGCUUGCUAGGAUGAAACUUUGUAUGUAUUUUGUAUGGCAUAGAUUCUAUAUUGUAAUGAUGUCCUAUGCAAAAAGAAAACUUAACGAAAUUGUAAAUUUUAUUGUUUUAACGUGUAUGCAUGUUUAGUGAUGUUUAC